AUGGCCUCUCCUCCUCCUGAAGAUCUUGUGGAGCUUGACACAGAUGUCCAGGCAUCAGAUCAAGUUACGUUGUCUGAUGAGGAGCAGGACGAGGCUGACCAGGAUGAAUCCAACCAGGUUGCGGUUGGGGCGCGAGGCCGUGGCACAGGCAGAAGCGGCAAAGGCGGCAAAGGCCGUGGAAGAGGUGCUGGUGACGCAGCACCAAGUGAGGUGGGCAGUACUUCUUCGAAAAAGGCAGUGAACAAGGAUUUGACCGGUGUGAAGAAACAAAACAAGCAGUACUCCAGGAAAUGCAAAGGCUGUGGUUUGUAUUUCAAACCAGAAGGCAUGGGCUCCAAGAGUGCAUUUUGCCUGAAGGACAAGCACCGUUUGGAUGCUUUGACCAGAGUUGCAAAGGCUCAGGGAAAGCUUAAGUGGAUCAAAGAUGUUCGCAAAGAUGAAGACAAAGUUUCCAAGGUUCUCAAGAAGUACGAUGAGCUGACGGGUGGCACUGGUGCCUUGAAGUCCCAGGGGUCGAAGAGCCAGCUGUUCACUUCCCUUGACACUUCGAGCGCAACUUCCCGGGUUCAGUUUGGAACUGAAUGUCAGAUGAUGCCGGAAGACGUUUACAUGAAGCAUGUCACCGAGAAGCUGUCUGAGGGUGAGGGACGCCUUACCAAAGCGCAGGCCAACAUUCAAUGGCAGACAUGGAUGGAUUUGAUCCAAACUACUCCGGACACAGAGGAGGUGAUCUACGACCGAAAGGGUGCCAAUGGUUCAGUUCGAGUUGCAGUACCUUUGAGGGACACUGUGCUCUUGGCCAACAUCUUUGACAGAACCAAGAGUUUUCAGGCCCGUGAGAAGGAUCAAAAGGAUCUGUCGGAAGAAUCAAUUCUUCAGAAGAAGAAGCAGUUGCUGCUGGAUCAUGAUCGCAACAGCGAUUUGGAUGCUCGAGCCAUUGGGGCUGGCAUGGUGAAGGCAGCAGGAGAUGGAACCGCUGGCAACUGCUUUGCCGGAAAUGCCUUUGAGGUUGAUGUGGAGAUGCUGAAUCCCAAGACUCCUGAGAAAGAGGAUCAAGCUGCUGAUGGUGAAGGAGCUCCAGAAGGUCAGGGCGCUGAAAAGGAAAAUCAAGGUCAGGCUCCUGGGGAUGAAGACGGUCGCUCUGGCCCAGCUGCACCUACGAAGAAGCGAGGCUAUUGGGACAGAGAUCCAGCAAUCGCCUCAAAAAUGCGGGCUGAGAACAAUGCCCUGAUGACUCUCCAAAUGCAGGUUGACAACAAGCUUGUUGAAGGUCGUGAUCAGAUGAAAGAAGCUUCGAAGCGAGGACCAGAGUGUGAGCGUGAGACUGCCAUAGAGCGUGACACGCUCACCAAGCGCUUGGAGUUUUUGGAGGCAGUGAUGAAGAGCGAUUCGGCCUCGUUGGAGUCUUUGAAGAAUUCUUGCGUCGCCUCGCCAAAGGAAGCCACUCCUGUGAAGUCUUCGGAAGGAUCAACGGAGGCAAGCACUGUUUGGACUGAGCAGAUUGGCAAGGCUCCACCGAGCCAAUCCUACUUGAGCCUGAUGACGCUUCCAUCCAUCAAGGACUCUGCCGAGGCUGCUUGGUGGAAAUGUCAGAGUGCUCAGGAGCUGAAGGAUCUCAACAAGGAGCGAACCAAUGACCGAAAGCCCAUCCAGGAGCUGGUCAACGCUGUCAAGACAGGCAUCAAUGAGUUGAAGAAGGCAAUUGUUGCCUACGAUCAGAGGGUGUCUGCAAAGAGAUCCUCUACUACAUCUGCAGCUGCUGGGUCGAAGCGAAAAAAGCAGAAGACUGGUGUCGAGCCAUCCUUUUUCGACAAGGCUUUGGAGCAAGGGUCUUCUAUGCCUUUUUAUUCAAGCCUUGAGGAGGCCAAGGAUAAGUUGGAUUGCAACAUGCCAGCCAUUGUCAGAGUUGCCGAUUUGGUCAAGCCAAUUUUGGCAGAGGAUACCGUGGCUGGUGCAGCCGCUGGCUUCGCUGCUGCGUUUGCCAACCACGUGAAAUCCAAUGACAAGGCCAACAUUGCAAAGCCACCAGAACGGAGAACAAAGGCCCGGGCUGCUUCGAAAAUCCAAGGACAAGCAGCUGUUCGUUUGAUGGAUGCCUUCUCUGGUUUGUUCGGAGAUUUUCUUCCAUCUCCUGUGCCAGAGAUGAACUUGGAGGUUUGCCACAUUGGAGUGCAGGCCGGAUCUGUGACAUCCGCUUCAGAGAAAGGUUGGAGCGCUUCUGUGCGAGUGUCUUCUACGGGGACAAAGACCAUCGCUUUGAUUCCUGCUUCCAAGGUGCAUGAACUUGCGGGAGAUUUGAACCCUACCAGCUUUUGGGACAUGGUUCUCCAUCCCGAGAAGACCGCAUUCGAGGGGGAUUUGCUGAAGUGUUUGCUGACUGGAACAGCUGGACCAUUUGAUUUGAUUUGGCUUCCAGCUGGCUGGAUCUUUGCGGAGAAUAUCAUGGAAGACUCUGACCUUCAUGGCCUGUGCUUCCGUGGCUUCACAGCCAAGAACUCGGCUGCCUUGAGCGAGGUCAAGCUUGUCCAGAAGCUCCUCACGUCCCAUGGCCGGCCAGAUGCGGAUGUUGACAGGUUCUUGGCAGCUCUGGAGAAGGAGGUUCCAGUUCCAGCUGUUCCUGCUCCUAUUGCCGAUACGGCGAAGAAGGAGAACGUUGACUUUGAUUCCAACGAGGUUGCAGAUGGUUUUGCUGGUGCUGGGGUUGCGGCGGAGGUUUCCCCUGAGGAUCUGCAGCAUCAAAGUCCCAGCAAGGAUAAUGAGAAGGUCAAGCAGAAUGAGCUGAAUUUGAAGAAGAUUGGAGAUGAUGACGAUAAUUUGGAGAAAAAGAAUGAAGUCUUCAAGAAGGAUGCUGUGCCUGGGACUGGGAUUCCACCAGCCGCUAUUGAGUAGCUCAGUUACCAGUUGAAAGUUGGCUUGUCAGCCUUUGGAGCUGAUGGCAUUUUUUCGAUUUGAAACUUCGCAUCAUGUUGCUGCUGCACCCUUGCGUUCG